AAAUAAAUAUAAAACAUAUAUAUAUAUAAUUUAUAUAUAUAUAUAUAUACUGUAUACAUUUUUUUUUAGAAUUUUUAUUAUAUUUAAUUUAUACAAAUGUUGCGCGGCGCGAAACAUUCGUUGAAAAAAAAGAAUAGUACUUCUAAAAAUGAAAAGAAACCAAGUUUACGUAAGACCAUGUCCACAAAGAAAGAAGUUAGACGUGAUGUGGCUCAAAACAUCACUUUAGAAGAGGUUCAUUUGAUUAUAAAAAGAUGUUCUGAUGAAAUAAGAUUACGAGGUUUACGUGAGGUUGAUAUUUUUAAACCUUUAAACAUAGGUGAUAGUAUGGAUGAAGUCAGAAAACUUUUAAAAUAUUUAUUAAAAGAUAGUCGUACGGAAUAUGAGGAUAUAAUAAGAUCUUAUAAUAUUCAUGCCGUAGUUUCAGCAAUGAAAUGGGCUUUAAGACGUAGUGAUACCGUAUUAGUACCAUAUCAAUAUUAUGAAGAAUUUGUUAAAUAUGAACAAGAAUGGGAUUAUGAUCCGAGUAAAGGUUCUUUCAAGAAAUUUUUAGAUUAUUUACCAAAACAAAAUAGAGAUAUUUUAUGUGAAUUAUUCGAUAUUUGCGCUGAUGUAACGGCUGAAUCUCAUAUAAAUAAAAUGUCGGCUGAAAGAAUCGUUAAAACAAUAGCGCUUUGUAUUCUUGGUAAUAAAGAUAGAGGUUAUUCAAAUUUUGAUACUGCUUAUGAUGAUUGGACAAAAUAUUCUGCUGCUUGUCAUCACUUAUUUUUGGCUUAUUUACGUGAAAAAUCUGUUUCAACUGAAUUAAAUCCUCGUUUAACAAAAUUAUUGGAUAAUUAUGUUGAAUAUAGAAAGACUGUAACUUCUGCUUUCUUUCAAUUCCCUGAUUCAAAUUCUGAUUCUAAAAAACAAAAUAGACCUCGUAAACAAUCUAUUGUUACUUUUGCUGAAACUACUGAAAUUAAAACAACUGCAACUACAACUACUGCAACUACUUCUUCAAGUACAAUAAGACCUGUUAGUAUUUUAAGAGUAACAAGACAAGUUCCAACGACAAAUUCUAAUUCUAAUAAUAGACAAACGAAAACUUUAACAACUUUUUUACCUGAUGUGAUGGAUAGUAUGAAACGUAAAACAAUAAUUCGUCCAAGUACUAUGAUGACUGCUGAUGAAAAAAAAUCUGCUGAAGAUAUGUGGGAUGAAUUUCAAACAAAUGGUGUUACUGCUAUGUCUGAUGAUUUUUUGAAAUUAUUUUUCUCACUUGAAGAUAGAGCUAAAAAUGUAAAAAUUAGUGAUACUGUUAGUGAAAAACAAUGGACUCAAUUUUCAAGAAAAGGUUUUAAAAGUAUUUAUUUAGAUCCUUUACCUGAUAAAUUAGAUGAUAUUAUAGAAACUUCUGAAAGUGGUAUAACAAGUGAAGGAAAUAAUUCAAGUUUAUCAGAUUCUACUAGUAAAGAAAAAAGUUCUAAUCAAGAAAUUUCUUUAUCAAGAAAUGAUUCCGGUGUUUCCGGUGUUACAUUACGUCAAACUAUGGUUUGGGAUGAUUUUUCAAAAAAAGGUUUUCGUAAUUCCGUUGAUAAUGUAUCAAAUAGUUUAACUCUCACUUCAGCUGAUUCAAUAAGAAAUUCAAUAAGAGAUGAUGAGAAUAGUAAAAAUAAUAGUAGUUUACAAAGUGAAGUAGAAGAGAAAGAAAGGUCAAUGAGUCAAGUUAUUUCUCUUAUUAAAAAGAAAUCAAUAAGUGGUAGUAGAAAAAUUGUUAAAUUCAGUUCAUUAAGAAAACCUCGAAGGGCUAGAUCUUUUGAAUCUACUCAAUCUUCUCCAGAUUUUUCUAAUGAUAAAGAAGAAGAUUGGGAAGAUUGGGAUAUUAUUGACCGAGCUCAAGAUUUACCUAUUACAACUCAUUUGGCUAUUGAAACCGUUGAUGAGAUUUUCCCUUACGUAUGGAUGGAAACUACUGCCGCAGCUGAUGGUGAUAAAUGGGGUGAUUGGGUAUUUAUUGAACCAAAAAAAGGUUUAAUAAAUGAAUGUGAAUGGGUAAUGAUUGAAGAAGAAUCUCAAGUAUUUUCUGAAUGGGAUGUUGCUACUACAAAAACUAUUACUCGAAGAAGAAAAAUGAGCGCUUUUAGUACAUUUAGUAUACCUUGGGUUAGAGGAAAUUCAAAAUCAAGACCUGUUAGUAAAGUUACUUCAAGAAUGUCAAGAGUAUCAAAAUAUUCGAUGGCUUCAAGUGUUAUGCCAACUCUUCCAGCUGUUUGGGCAAUGUUUGAUCGUUCAAGACCUGAUGAUAAUAGUGUUCCAACGAAUUAUAAAUUCAAAAAUAAGCCAAAAGAUCCAAAAAGUUUUGCAUAUCAAGCAGCACAAGUUCGAGCAUCAAUCAUGCAAACUGGUUUUGAUGAUGGUGCUGAAGCAACGUUACAAUAUGAAGAACAAUAUGUUGAAGGUGAAUACGAAUAUGAUGAUGCAGAUUAUGAUUAUGAAACUGAUCCAACAGGAGAAAAUGGUUAUUACGGUUAUUCAUCUGAUCCAGGUUAUUAUGGUCAUUAUAAUGAAUAUGAUGAAUAUCAAGAAGAAGAAGAAUAUUAUGGUGAUGAAUAUUAUGAUCAAGAUUAUAACGAACAAGAUUAUAAUGAUCAACAAUAUAAUGAACAACAAUAUAAUGGUUAUAAUGAAGAUGAUUAUUAUUAUCAAGAUCAAGGAGAAGGAUAUUCUGAAUAUUCCGGAUACGAAUAUGCUGAAGAAGUUGAAGAAGUAGUUGAAGAACAAUAUACAAUUCCAACACCAGGAAGUUUUGUAGCGCAACGUCAAAUGGUGUUACAAGGAGAAUUACCAGCUUUAAAAUCUUUACCAAAAAGGACUUUCCAAGGACUUUCUCAUGAAAGCAAAUACAACAAUAGCAAAUUAUUCCCCAUGCAAUCAUCCGAACGAUUAACAUAUCAAAGACCCUCGAUAAGUCCAAAAGUCACUCAAAUCAAAGCAUAAUUUAAUUAUAUUCUCCUAUUUAUAUGUGACGAUGCGACGUUAUUAUUAUGUUAUUAUUCAUGUAUAAAUAAUUUUUUUUUUAAAAAAAAACCUUGUAUUUACACUUUCACUAUUUUAUUUGGCAUUCAAUUAUUAUUAUUAUUAUAUU